CAAGAACGAACUUGCAUGGAUGAAAAUGCAGACAAAGAAAAGAGAGAGGUGCAGGAAGGGAAGGAUGAAGAGGACGAACAAGACAAUGAGGAAGAGGAAAAUGACAAACGAGAUGAUAGGGAUGAUAUUGAAGAGGAUGAAGAUGUGCAAGACACGUUCGAAACAAAAGGGGAGGACGAGCAGGACAGCAGGACUAACGAUGUGAAGAAGCUGAUAAAGAACAUGCAAGAAAAGGUGGAAAUAUCAGACUUUACGUUUUCGGUCGGAGCUUCAAACAGGGUUGUUCAUCACAAAUACUGAUUUGCAAUCCCUAAAUGUCGAUGGAAUGAUAAAUGA